AUGACAACUUACGACAACAUCCAGCAGGGACUUAUUGUCACUGCCAAACAGACAUACUAUCCAAUUGAGCUUUCCAAUGCUGAAUUGCUAGCACAUUACGAGACCAUCCAAGACUACCAUCAGGACAUAUCCGCGAACGUAAUAUCACAAUCAUGCAAAUUCAAGCCGGAUCCUAAGCUGAUCGAACAACAGCCGGAAAUGGAUUUGCAUCAGACCCGUCAGCAGGUUAUGACGGUUCUAUUCGAGCUUGCAGUCAAGACCCGCGUUACCAAUGGGAUUUUUUUCCAUGCUGCUCGUCUGUACGACCGUUACUGCUCCAAGAGAGUUGUUCUCAGAGAGCAGGCCAAAUUGGUCAUUACCACCUGUCUGUGGCUUGCAGCCAAAACAUGGGGCGGUUGCAAUCACAUCAUAAACAAUAUCUCAGUACCUACUGGAGGUAGGUUUUACGGGCCCAAUCCAAGAGCACGUAUUCCAAGACUCUCAGAACUCGUACAUUACUGCGGCGGGGCCGAAGUUUUUGACGAAAGUAUGUUUUUACAAAUGGAAAGGCACAUCUUAGACACAUUGAGUUGGGACAUCUGUGAGCCCAUGGUCACCGAUUACGUUCUGAACGUGGACGAAAACUGUCUAAUCCAGUAUGAGCUUUACAAAAGACAGAUCGAGCAUAACAAAGAAUGGUUCCACAGAAAGUCUCAAUCUUCAGACAGCGAUGCAACCGAGGCCGACGAGGAGGAAGACGAAGACCUAGACGUAAAGAUCCAAUUGAUUAAUGUGAAAAAAUUUCUUGUAGACCUAGCAACUUGGCAAAACGAGCUUCUCAAAUAUGAAAUGUUCGAGCUCGCUCAUGGAAUUUUCUCCAUCAUCAACAAAUUUACAGGACAGGAGCAGGGACCGCUACUCUUGGCGCCGCUACCGACUUCUGCGAGUCAGGACCGUCUUCUGAGAAUCUUCAUUCUCGGUGUGGUGAGGGCCCCCAGAUCACUGCUAAAACAUUAUGAGGACAGUCCCGGUGUAUUAGCGUUUGUCGAUGCCGUGAAAGAAUACUACGCGCUGGAGCAGAAAAAUAUGCAAAUUGCGUCGCGGAAGGAUCUUUCUCGUACAUCAACGCUGUCCUACGACGUUCCCUCGAUGCCAUCUCCUCCUUACCAAGGUGGAAAUUACACACCUCUGAGAAAUACUUCGGCGCCCUCUGAUGUCAGUAUAUUCAGCACUGCCGAAUCUCAGCCUUCACCUGUGACUCCUGUCAUGUACUCAUUUGCACACAAAACGCAGUCCGGAAGUGCGUGUGGGUCCACGCUCAGCGUAAACAGCAUAUCGAACAAACGAGCCAAGCCGCACGACUACGAAUGUAUGGACCAAGACAAAGAAAACUACAACCAAAACACUUCAGGCUCGACUUUUGCCAUACCACCUCGAGCCAAAUUCGUUGGCAACAGUAUAUUUGCAUCUGGUGGUACGUCUACCACCAACAGCAACCGAUCGUCACUGGUAUCGCUUGCCAUCAGUAACGUUAAUAAUAUGGUGUAA